UGGUUCUCACUCUUAAAUUCUGCAUUUAUUUUACAGCACACCUGAAAAAGCAUCUUCCAGCUGACAACAAACUGACGUGUCCUCGCCAACACUGAGGGUGGGACACUUUCCAGUUACAUGCCUGAAGCUUCAGCCUUAAAAAGAAUCUCAGCCAGCAAUAAACCUACAAUGACGACGCCUAAAGAGGAUCUCUGGAAGACCUUGGAGGACCUGACUCACGAGGAGUUCAAGCAAUUCAAGUGGCUGCUAAAAGACGCAGCAAAUGAUUCCCAAGCCAUCCCAGCAGCCCGGCUGGAAAACGCAGACCGGCAGGACACGGUGGACCUGAUGGUGCAAAAGUACGGCUGCCUCGAAGCUCUGAGGAAGUCCACACAGGUUUUAGAGAAGAUCUGCAGAAAUGAUCUAGCACAAAAGUUGUCAAACACAAGCUCAGCGCAGAGAAUGGAGAGUAAAAAUGGCCUGAGGAUCAGGGAUGCUGGUCAUUCCAAAUCUGACUGUGAUAAACAGAAGGCCAGGCUGAGGGAAAUGAAGGCGCACAUUUUGCUGGAAAUAAAAGGGAGAGAGAUGAAGAUCUGUGAGAUCCAGCGUUCAGCAGAGCUAAGCAGGGAAUCUGCAGAGCGACAGACUGCAGAUAGUCGGCUCACCUUCACCAUUUUAAUUCAGUCCAUCGAGAAAAGUCUGUCUGAUCUCAUCGAAGCCAUCGAGGAAAAGCAGAAAACUGCACAGAAGCAAGCUGAAAGCACCAUCAGAGAACUGAAGCAGGAAAUCUCAGAGCUCACCAGGAGAGAAACUGAGCUGGAACAUCUCCUCCUCACAGAAGAUAACCAGACGUUUCCCCAAGAUUUGAAAACAUGCAACUUGACAGAGGUCACCUUUAUUCAACCAUCAUAUGGUGAAAGCGUAAUGACCUCUGUGAAUAAACUUAAGGAAAUACUCGAUAGAGAGAAGGAGAAGUUCCUCAGUAAAGCUAAGCUGAUCAGAAUGCAGCAGUUUGCAGUAGACGUGACGUUGAAUCCAAACACGGCACACCCCAACCUCAUUUUUUCUGAAGAUGGGAAACAAGUUCACUGCAGUGACGCUAAACAAAAUCUCCCAGACAACCCAGAGCGGUUCAGCACUGCCGUCAAUGUGUUGGGCAGGCAGAGUUUCUCCUCUGGAAGAUUUUACUUUGAGGUUCAGGUGAGAGGAAAAACCGCCUGGGAUUUAGGAGUCGUCUACAAGUCGAUUGGCAGGAAAGGAUCGAUCAAAACGAGCCCCGACGAUGGUCACUGGGCUAUUUGUUUAAGAGGUGGAGAUACGUUUAAAGCAGCUGGUUUGAGUUGGAGCGUAAAAACCGCAGUAAACAAAGUGGGUGUUUUUGUGGAUUAUGAGAAGGGCUUGGUCUCAUUUUCUGAUGUGGAUUCUGCAGAACUGAUUCACAGAUAUUCAGACUGCUCCUUUAAAGACGACCUUCAUCCAUUCUUCAGUCCCGGCAUUUAUCAUGGUGGUCUGAACUCCACCCCUCUGGUCAUCUCUCCUCUCAGAGGCAACAUGGAAAAACUUUCGGUGGAGCUCCUGAACACUCUGAAGAGCUUAAAACAAGAAGACUUUGAACAAUUUAAAUGGUUUUUGAAGCAGGAUAACAUCUUGGAAGGCCAGAAAGGCAUCCCACAAGAUGAUCUGGAGAGGGCAGAAAGAUGGCAGACGGUUGAUCUGAUGGUAUGCAAAUAUAAGGGCCCCGGAGCGAAGCUGGUGGCGAUUAAUAUCUUACAGGAGAUUGGAAAUAACGAACUGGUGGAGCGUUUAAAAAGAUUUAGCGAAGAACCAAAAGAUGUCAACACUCAGCAUCUACGUUUCGUGUCAGAAGGCCUUGGAGAAAAGGAAGCUGAGCUGGAAAAACUAUGCGAGUUUGCAGUGGAUAUGACUCUGGAUCCUGAUACAGCGCAUCCCGACCUUGUCCUCUCUAGUGAUGGGAAACAAGUCUACGACACUAAUGAGACCAAAGAUCUCCCAGUGACCUCCAAGAGAUUUGAUAAAUGUGCCAGUGUAUUAGGAAAGGAGGCAUUUUCAUCGGGAAAGCUCUACUUUGAGGUUCAGGUUGAAGGGAAGACUGAUUGGACUAUUGGAGUGGCAAGUGAGUCCAUCAACCGGAAAGGAGAAAUCAAGCUGAGCCCUGACAAUGGCUUCUGGACUAUAUGGUUAAGAAACAAGGUUUAUGAAGCUCUGGCAUCCCCUACAGUUGUUCUCCCUCUGAAGUCCCGUCUUCAGAGAGUGGGAGUCUUUGUGGAUUAUGACAAGGAACUGGUCUCCUUUUAUAAUGUAGAUACUGCAGAUCUUAUCUACUCCUACAAAAAAUGCCGCUUCAAAAAGAAACUUCUCCUAUAUCUUAAUACAAGUAGUAAUAACAAUGGUCAAAACUCUGCCCCAAUGAUUAUUACUCCAGUAGUUCACAAGAUAAACAAGGCAGAGCUGAGGAGUGUCAAGGAGUUUGCAGUCGAGGUGACUCUGGAUCCGGAUACAGCACAUCCUGAACUGAUCUUGUCUGAGGAUGGGAAACGGGUACAUCAUGGAGAUGAGAGGAAAGAUAUCCCAGAUAACCCACAAAGAUUCAAUGACUGUGUCAAUGUUUUAGGAAAACAAGGUUUCGCCCAUAAGAGAUUCUACUUCGAGGUCCAGGUAAAAAGGAAGACCGACUGGACUUUAGGAGUCGCCACAGAGUCGAUUGACAGGAAGGGAGAAAUCACACUGCAACCUGAAAGUGGCUUCUGGACAAUUUAUCUAAGGAACGGGGAAGAAUACGAGGCGUUUGAUAAACCCAUAGUGCGUUUACCUAUAAGGUCAAACCCUCAGAGGGUGGGGGUGUUUGUUGAUUAUGAUGGAGGUCUGGUCUCCUUUUAUAACGUAGAUACUGCUGAUCUUCUCUACUCCUUCACUGGUUGCUGCUUCGCUGAGAGACUUCUGCCAUUCUUUAGUCCCUGCACUAAUGUUGGAGGAACCAACUCAGCUCCUCUGAUUAUUACUCCUGUCAGCUUCUUUGAUUAGAUCAAUCAUAUUGUCAUUUGUAAGUGUUGGAGACAGGAACCCCUCUUAGAUCCUGAACAGGAUCUUCCACAUUUUUUCCUUCUUCUCAACUUCCCAUUACUAUGAUUGUGAACAGCACUCUGUGAACAACCAUCCUCUUUAACAAUGACUUUUGUUGCUUACACCCCCUUGUGUCAAUGACAGUGCUGCCAGAUCUGCUGGUCUCCCCAUGAUUGUAAUUUUUGAGAAGAAUUACUGAAAUAAAGUGACUUUUUAACAAUA